AUGUGCCGCAAGCCCAAGAAGGAGAGUCAAUCAGAAGCAUCGACGGCCAAUGCUCCCGAGUCUCCCGCGUCCCCACCAGGUACCUCUGAUGACAACAAUAGCAAUGCCAAGGCACUGACAGAAUCCAAUUCUACUAGUAGCAAUAAUGGAGUCAGCAAUGGUACUACUGUAACAACAACAACAACAACAAAAGGAGACAAGAAGAAGAAAGAAAUGACAAGUCGUCGUCAUCGAGGCAAACGAGAAUCCUAUGCUUCGUAUACCCAAGCCGUGGGAAUUACUACUACAACAACAACUACUAAAUCUCCGUUUGUCCGCCGCAAACCCAAGAAACAAUCGAGAUCCAAACAGAAGCACGGCGCCGACGGUCCUUCGGGUGGCAUUGAAGCUCUGUUGCCCUCCUUGAUUGGCGUGGCCAUUUUGGUAUGUGGCGUCAUGGCCAAGAUGGGAUUUCGCGGUCGCGCCCAAGUAGCGGGAAUCGACUUGGGAACCACCAAUUCCGUCAUUUGCGUCCAAGCACCCAGCAAGGGCGUUGGAAUUAUUGACUGUAUGAAGGAUCCACUCACACAAUCUCCUAUCAUUCCCUCGGUCGUGUCCUUUUUGGAACCCACCGAACGACCCGUCGGAGCCAAAUCCAAGACACCCUCCUUGCUCGUGCCGCAUCCGUCACAGGUCGUCGUGGGACAAGCCGCCAAGAAACGAAUCGAUUCUCAUCCUCAUCAUACACUCUACAAUGCCAAACGCAUCUUGGGACGACCACCCAACGAUAGAGCCAUUCAAGAAUUGCAACACGAAGUCGAAUUCGCGAUUCAUAUUCAACCAGAAGAAGAAGACAAUGACACUACUAAUGACAAUGACAACGACACUAAUACUCCACAACAACCAGACGAACGCGUCGUGUUUCGUGUCCCCCAUCACGCUCACUCGCAUCAACCCACCGAAUGGAUGCACAUUUCACCACAACAAGUCGGCUCGUAUGUCGUAUCGGCGCUCUUACAACUCGCCCAUACGCAGUUGGGACACGAAAAUGUCAAUGCCGCCGUCAUUUGUGUACCCGCCAAAUUCGAUACGCUCCAACGACAACGCACCGUUGCGGCAUUUGCGCAAGGUGGCGUCAAGGUGACGCGCAUUCUGGAAGAACCCACUGCCGCCGCUCUCGCGUAUGGAUUGCAUCAAAAACAAGGCGUCGAUUAUAUCGUCGUGUACGAUUUUGGAGGUGGGACACUCGAUGUUUCACUCUUGCAUGUCAGUGAAGGAUUCGUCGAUGUCAUGGGCAGUGAGGGAGACGAUCGAUUGGGGGGAGCCGAUUUUGAUGCUGCUAUUGCCCACUACUGGUUGUCAUCAUCAUCCGCCAAUGGUACGAGUGAAAAUCAAAACAUGGUGGACAACGUCAAUGCCGUACUGAGACAGUUGGAACAAGUCUUGGAAAAUACACCACAACAUUUCGAUCUCGAACAGGAAUUGUCGUCGCAUUGUCCUGCCAUUCUCGAACAUCCUCUCUGUACCGUCUCGUCUUUUCAUACACUAGGAGAACAAAUCAAAAUUCAACUCUCCAAUAGUUACAACGACGACAACAUGGAAGACACGGAAGAAACCCCAUUGGAAAAACACUGUUUGCGGUUGCCACCGGGCAUGACAUCCAUACCCAGUCACGAAAAUCCGUUGUACAUGGUCGAUACCUUUUGCCAGGCAUUGACCAAAACCACAUUGACGCUCACGCGCAGUGAGUUCUUGACCGUCUCGCAACCGCUCUUUCAACGAUCCAUUCUACCCGUCGAACGAUUGCUACAGGAUUUGAAUAUCAAGACACACGAAAUUGAUGAAGUCGUCAUGGUGGGAGGGACUACGCGAAUGCCACAAAUACGAGACCUUGUGCGGGAGGCACUCCCAGAGUCACAGUUGAAUACUCAUAUCGAUCCCGAUAUCACCGUCGCCUACGGGGCUGCCUCGGUCAUUGAUUAA